GAUGAGCGUACUUCUGAUUGGGAAUAAGGAACAGUUUUUGGCAAACUGAGUUGGCUGAGGGCAACUCCUCGUUUCUUGAAACUUGUGAUGCAAGUGCUCCCGCCCUUUUCUGACAACAGAAAGCCUGAGUCAGGCCGGCAGCUGCGGCUGUUAAAACAGCUCCAGCCCAGCACGCUUCCACACUUCCCUGCUGGGGUGCGCGCCGCCGCGGAGAUGAAGCUGGCCACCUGGUGCUGCCUCAGCUCGGCUGUCCUGGCUGCUUACAGUUGUUUGGUUGCGGCAAACAAUGACACAGAAGAAAUUAAAGACGAAACGGCCAAGGACGCCUGCCCGGUGAGGCUAGAGAGCAGAGGGAAAUGCGAGCAGGGAGGCGAAUGCCCCUACCAGGUGUACCUGCCCCCGCUGACGAUUCAGCUCCCCAAGCAGUUCGGCAGGAUGGAGGAGGUGUUCAAAGAAGUCCAGAACCUCAAGGAAAUCGUUAGCAGCCUUAAGAAAUGUUGCCAAGACAGCAAACUGCAGGCGGAUGACAACCGAGACCCGGGAGAGGCGGAUGACAACAGAGUUACAGAGUUGGAGAGCGAGGUGAACAAGCUGUCCUCUGACCUGAAGAACGCGAAGCAGGAGAUCGACGUGCUUCAGGGUCGCCUGGAGAAGCUGAAUCUUGUAAACAUGAACAACGUAGAAAAUUACGUUGACAGCAAAGUGGCAAAUCUGACAUUUGUGGUCAAUAGUUUGGAUGGGAAGUGUUCAAAGUGUCCCAGUCAAGAACAGAUACAAUCACGCCCAGGUAUGUAUAAUAACCAUUUUCUUAUCAUGUGUUCAUGGAUGUUAGGUAGCUAGACAAUACUUAUAAACAUUAACCACCCGAGCAAAUAAGUUAAAUAAAAUGACCGGUUAAAUAAAUUAAGCCUUUUAUUCAGCCAGGUAGUGCGGAAAAUGCUAAUAUCUUUGCAAAUGUGUGAUCAUAGAAAUGGUAGUUACAAAAAUCAUGAUUAGUUCUGUAGCC